ACAUGACAUAAUAUUUAUUUUCAUCUAUUUUCACCACGUGUAAAGACACGAGGGAAGAAUAGCGGUAACAUUGUGGAAGGGGUAAUGUAGCUGGCACCGGUCACUUGUGAUUGGCUAUUUAAACGGAGGCUCGUCCUAGACGUUUAAAAAUAAAUUAAUCUACUACGUUACUCUCUCUCUCUCUCUCUCUUUCUUUCUUUUUGCGCCGUGUCAAGCGGAUUAAAUUCAAUCGGGCAGUGCACUCGAACAAUUUUAUACCUUAGUUUCGUACACCAUUCUUGUCGUCGUGUUAUAAAGAUCGUUUAAAAGUUUAACAAAAUACAUAACUUUUGAUCGUUUUAUAUUCAAGUAAACAACACACAACUGUAACAGCAAUAGCAUUAGCAACAACAGUAGCAAAAUUUAUUUGUAAAAAAAAGAUAAUAUAACUCCGUAUGUUAUAAUUACGAGACGGCGCACGCGUAAAAUAAUAAGAAUCAAAAGUGAGAUAUAAUUUGAUGACAAGAAACGAAGAAAACAAGGAUGACGUGAAAAUUGUAAACACGUGCGUAAAUUAGAUAGAUAGAUCGAUUUGCGUAUGCGCGACUUUCAUUCUUCAAGAUCGAUCGAAACCACCAACGAUUGUCGUCGUCGUCGUCGUCGUCGUUGUUACUAACGUGUGUUCAUAACCAAAAGACUCACGUAUUCUAAACGUGUACGCGGAAUCAACUACAUAACCUCAAAAAUCAAUCUUAUUUUUUUUCUCUUUCUCUCUGUACUUUUUAUCGCGCGAUAGAAGAAAGAAAGAAAAAAAAACAAAAGAAGAGGGAAAAAUAUAAAAACAACAACAAUUUCAUACGUAAUAUCCUCAAAUCAUCGAAGAGACAUUAAUUUGAAAUAAUAUACGUUGAAAUAUCAAAGUGAUUCAUCGAGUGUGUGUAAAAGGGGGUUAGGAAGAGAACAAACAACGAGGACCGAUAUUUCGUGAAUCUUUCGAAUGACAUCAAUUAAAGUAAAGGUUAUAAACGAUCGAUACUUUAGUAUAGGAGAAAAAAAUGUUGAUGGGACAGACUUGAGGUGAAAUGUCCCGUAAUUUGCCAGAUAGAGUGGCAGGGCUGUAUUAUGCCCAUGGCCUAUUCUGUUCUUCACAUCCCAUACCGGUUAUCUCUUUGGCAAUAUCAAUUAUAUUGCUUUUUUGUUAUCCAUUGGUAAACUUACCAAUGCCAGGAAAUACACCAAGAAUGAUACUUAAUCGUACAAUUGAAUCUACAAAUGCUACAGAAAAGUCAGCUUUAUAUGUUCAGCAAGUUGUUUUAAGAAUUGGAGUGGUUCCAUGGGCAGAAGAUUUGUCAUUAAUGGACGCUUUUAGGGGACCUUUGUAUGAAAUAUUUAAUCUCUUGGAAAUAAUACAAAAUUAUCAACAUCCAGAAACGUUAAAAACACUUGGUCAAGUUUGUUUACAUAUAGAAGCUGCUAAAAAGAGAAAUGGAAAGAAACCAGAAAUUUUACCAGAAUAUAAUUGUUUAGUAUUAUCUCCAGCAAAUUUAUGGCAACAAAGUAUUGAAUUAUUUUCACAAGAUACUAAUCUCAUUGGAACAAUAUUUUCAUAUCAGAAUUUACAAAAAGGUAAAAUUAGUUUAGCGGAAGUAAUGUUUGGUAUGAAUCUAAAGGAAACUGGAAUUAAACGAUAUCCUGUACGUGUAAGACAAAGAAUCUUACAAUAUUCGGUAACCAUUUAUUUAAAGGAAUAUGAUAUUGAAUUUAUAAAAGGAUUAAAUCGUCGAUUAAAAAGUUACUAUAGUCUUCAUCAAUCUGAAGAUAAUAUUACAGAUAUCAUGACAGAUGAUGCACUACAUAUUUUUUAUCCUGGAGAAUUUAACUAUAGUGAUUUUUUUCCUUUAAUGAUGACAUUUUUAGUAUUGUUCUUUUACAUAUAUUUUUCUGUGCGUAAAAUAGAAUUAAUUAAAUCUAAAAUUGGUAUGGCAUUUAGUGCGUGUUUUACAGUGAUAGCAUCACUUUCUAUGACCGUCGGUGUGUGCUUCUUUUUUGGUUUAACAUUGAGUUUAAGUGGAAAGGAAGUGUUCCCAUAUUUGGUGAUAAUCGUUGGUUUAGAAAAUGUCUUAGUGUUAACAAAAAGUGUAGUGAGUACUCCAGCCCAUUUGGAUGUAAAAAUUCGAGUUGCUCAAGGUUUGUCUAAAGAAGGAUGGUCAAUCACUAAAAAUUUACUUACAGAAGUUACUAUAUUAACUAUUGGAUUGUUUACAUUUGUACCUGCCAUUCAAGAAUUCUGUAUUUUUGCUAUUGUUGGAUUAUUAAGCGAUUUCUUUCUUCAAAUGGUAUUUUUCUCAACAAUUCUUGCAAUUGAUACCAGACGUACUGAACUUUCUGGAGAAAGUUCGAAAUUUCAUUUACCACACAUUCCAACAUCACGAAAACAACAGUUUACAACAACUAUGAUGACAAAUAGAAAGCCUAAUAUAUUUCGUUCGAAAUCUCAUCCAAGAUUGAAUGGUUUGACCAAUGGACCAACCAAUGUUAUAGCUCCGAAUACACAGAAUACUUAUACAUUAACAAAACUACCAAAACGAUUACGAGUGGUUCAUUUUUGGGCACGUACACGUAUAUUUCAACGUGCAUUUAUGGUAUGGAUGGUAGUUUGGAUCAGUAUGAUUAUAUAUAACUCUGGAAUAAUUGAACAUGUUAUUCACUUGAGUGAUACAUUAAAAACAGAAACAGAUCUUGAUGGGUACACUAUAGAUAGACCACAAACGUUAAAUAAUUAUAUUGGACUAAAUAAAAUAAAACCUAUACAUACAUUACAUACUACUGUUACUCCAGACCAUAUAAAUGAUAAUAAUGACCUGAUUAAUAACGUAACAGAUGAGUUGAACAAAUUGAGAUCCGUAGAUUUUCCACCUUGGAAUCGUUUAUCCCUUUAUCAUUGGUCUUCAAUUAUUUCAAUGUAUAAUAUGUCUAUAUCUGGUAAACAAAUAACAAUACUACCAACAAUUAAAUUAUCUCAUGCAGUUAGUCCACAAUUGGUUAGACAAAUCAGUAAUCCAAAUGAUGUACAACAGUUUCAAUGGCAAAGUUUUGCUACAGCUGCUCUUGACCCCUUGGAUUUUUCAGAUAUGGAAAUACCAACCAGAUCUGAGGGACGUGGAUUUAAUACAGAUGCACCUUUUGUACCAUCGAGUCCUAUGGAAAUAUUUUUAACAGCAUUGCUUUGUUUAAUAAGUGUUAUCGUUGUUGCUUAUACAAUGGUAGUUUUAUAUCGUUGUAUUUGCUCGAGAAAUUAUGCUGAAUGGAGAGCUAGUUGGCAUCAACAAGAGAAAACACAUGACUCAGUUACCCAACUAGUUUUAGAAGCAGUGCCCUUAGUUCUAGAAGGUCAUACGCAAGAAGUCGAAUGUAUUGCUACAGAUGGCAAUACCAUUGCAAGCACUUGUUUAGCUGGACAUAUAAGAGUAUGGGAUUCUAUUUCUGGUGAUCAGAUUGCUCAUAUUGACAGAAUGCAAUUCUUUGGUACAUCUCAAAAAAAUACAAAUCAAGGAACACAAGAUACGGAAGAACUUAUGUCUGAUUAUGGAAGUGGUUCACCACCAUCCAGGGGUGAGAUAGAUAAUAACAAUUCACAUUUAUACUCAGCACCACAACCAUCAAUGUAUCAUAGACAAUCAUCACCAGGGCCUUGCUAUAAUCAACGAGGAAAUUAUGGAAAUAUUAACAAAAGACAUUCAAUGGGCAAUAAUUUGGAUAAUGAUUAUCAAAUAAAUGAAUUAAAUACUGAAAAACAUAAAUGUUUGCGUAGAAAUUUUGAUAAUGCUUAUAAUUUACCUGAUUUAAAACAUACAAUUAAUACUAAAUUUUCUUCUAUGAAACAAUCCUUUGUACAAAUGAAUUAUGAUCAAGGUUAUGAUUUUGGUGAUAAAUAUAAAAAUCUUUUAGUUGAACAUAAUAGAACCAUAGAAGAAAUGCAAACAUCUGAAAAUCAGGAUGAAUUAAGUGCAUGUAGAAAAUCAAAUACUUCGGUAACUGGUGCUAUUCUGUUAAACGCAGAAAAACCAUUGCAAAUAUCACAAGGUAUUUCACCAAUUUGGUGCAUGGAUUAUCAAGAAAAUUUAAUUGUCGUAGGAUGCUCUAAUGGUAGUUUAGAAUUUUGGGAAGGUACAACUGGAAGAUUUAAAUGUUUGUUUGAUGAUGAAUCUGGCGUUGGAAUUUCUGCGAUUAAACUUAUUGGUAGCAGAGUAGUUGCCGCUAAGUUAAAUGGUUCCAUAGAUUUCUUACAACUUGAAAGUUAUAGCGAAGGACAACAAAUUGAUUGGGGAUUUACAUCUUACAGAAGAACACAUGUUCGUACUGGUAGCGCUGGAUCACCUAUGGAUAUCAAUAAUAUCAUUCGUUGUGUAAAAAUAGGUUCACAUAGAGCACAUCAACAAGCUAUAACAGUUUUAGAUUGUGAAGGAGGUCGUGUCUUAACAGGUAGUCAAGAUCACACUCUGAAAGUAUACAGGUUAGAAGACCAAUUACCAUUGUAUACUCUUCAUGGGCAUUGUGGUCCAAUAUCUUGUCUAUUUGUAGACAGAAUUAGUCCCAUGACAUGUGCUAGUGGAUCUCAAGAUGGUUUACUAUGUGUCUGGGAUCUUUUAACAGGAACUUGUAUGUAUAGUAUACAAGCACACGAUGGUGCUGUUGCAGCUAUUACAUGUUCAGUAUCGUAUGUAAUAAGUAUUGGAACCGAUGAAAAGUUAUGUGUUUGGGAACGGUUUCAAGGUCAUUUAUUACAUGCUCUUCCUGCACACAAAGCAGCUUAUAGCUUACAAAUAGUUAUGUUAACGCAUCAUUUACUCAUCGCCAGUAGCCAGGGAUCAUUAGUAGUAUGGGAUGUGAGAACUGGCGAACCAAUUCGUGAAGUAAGAUUGGGUCAUAAGGAAAGUUGUAUGUUUGUUAAACAAAUGAUAACUUUGAAGGAUAGUGUCGUAUGUGAUUUUGGUCGACAAUUAAGAAUCGUCAGAUUUCCAUUGGUCUCUGAUAAAUUAGAUUAAAUUUGUUCUGUAUGCACAUGUAAAUAGCUUUAUUUUACGUUUUUAUUUUCGAUUAUAAAUAUUAUAAGAUAAUCGAGUAUAAAGUUCCGUGUAAGUUUACAAUGAUUAUUAUUACAGGGAUAUAAUGAUUUUUAUAUUCGACGUGUUAUUAUAAAAACUUUCGAUUAA